AUGCCCUCCUCACUCACCUCCUCCCUGCCCUUCUCCCCCGCCGAGCUCGCGUACCUACAUACAUCGCUCUCGUCGACCCCGCCCAUCCGCCCAGACGCGCGACCCUCGCCAACAGAUUUCCGUGCCUUGCGCGCCGAGACGGGCGUGCUCCCGUCCGUCAACGGCAGCGCGCACGUCGGGUUCAGUGAUGGCCGGGAAGCCAUUGUGGGGGUGAAGCUUGAGGUUGAGCGCACAUUCUCGGUAGAAGUGCGGGCGAGCACAAGCACGAGCACGAGCGCGGGGCUGCAAGCGAAAUCGAUAAUGAAAGCAAAGGGAGGCGACAAAACCCGAGGAGAGGGAGGAGCAGGAGCAGGAGCAGGCAAUGAUGGAGAGGCUACGGAUGUCGAUGUCGAUGUCGAUAUGAACCCGAACGACAGCCCACGAGGUCAAAAAGGUAGAGGCAGCCACGAAUGGGUCACCCUCAGUCUCACGCUACCCGGCCUACGGGACGAUGACGCCGGGUUGGUAUUUCUCGAGGAGAUGCUGAGGGAGCCGUUGGUAGUGGCUUCCUCGUCUUCACGCGCAUCUCUCCAGGACAGCCUGGUCAUCAACUCGCGCUGGCACUGGCACGUGUACAUUGACGUGCUGCUCAUCUCGGCGACCGGGCUCGCGAGCUAUCCUCUCCCGUUGCUCAGUAUGGCCACGCAUCUCGCGCUUCGGGACACGCGGGUGCCGCGCCUGAAGAGCGAGGGCGAGGAAGAUCCCGUUGCGGAUGACGACUGGAUGGCGAGUGCGUAUCUGUACUCCAGGACCGGGACGGAGACAGGGAUCCCGGUGGCAUCAAGACCCCCUGUCACGCUACUGGUCGUGGUGGUUGGCGAGAAUGUCAUUUUCGAUCCGAGUCGCGAGGAGUUGGCUGUUGCGGACGCUGUCGUCGCCGUCAGUGUCGGCGUGGCGAGUGGUGGUGAAGGCGGCCGUGGUGCUCGUGGUGCUGAGUUUGAGGUCCUCGCCACGAGAAUGAUCGACACGCCCGCGAGGGAUACCAUGAAGGGUGUGCCAUUGUUAGGCGAGGUAGGCGAGGGGGUCGAAGUGCCUGGUAUUUGGAAACCUCGAGUCGGGGGGAUCAAGAGGUCGAUGCUCAAAAAGGCGGUCAAUACGGCUUUGACCGGCGGCGUCGCUAGGGAUGUCAUGGACGGGCUGGACGGGUUUUUGGAUCUCGAAACGAAGGCUGCAGUCGGUGCAGGUGCUGGGUGA